AUGGACGUGGAAUGGAUGACGAGCCUAUCAGCUCUCAUGGCGUUUGUCGAAUAUUGCGGUCGGACCCCUUUUUCGUUCGAGUACAGACCAAAUUUCAGUACGCAUGUUGAUCGCGCUGAGGGCAAACUCACAUUGGAAGAUGGGGAACUGACCGUUUGUCUGGAGAAUGGAAGAAAAGCCAGUUUCGUUUCUUUGCGACACUCCAUGUUGCCUUUUAACAUGCCAAAGGACGAGAACUUUCCCAAGGCGUUUGACGAUGCCAGGGCGACUUUCCGAACUGAGUGGAGGGCGUUGGAGGAAAGCAUGUCAAUGCUGUACCAGCAGUACGAGAUGGCCAG